CCUUAUAAAAUCAAGCCUAAUGGAUACAUCUUUCCAUCUCUACCUCCUUAUAACAUCACUCUUUCUACUUCAAUGGCUAACUCAUUAUAGCUCAGCCAACUUAGAUAUCAACACUGAUCGUUCGUCGCUUAUUGCCUUCAAAUCUCAAAUCUCUUUGGAUCCCCAUAACAUUUUGUUCAAAAAUUGGAGCUCUGAAAGCAAUAUAUGCAGUUGGAUGGGAGUUACUUGUGAUUCUCGCCAUCAAAGGGUGACUCAGUUGAAUAUAUCUUCCAUGGGCCUUGUCGGAACGAUCCCACCUGAAAUCGGGAAUCUUUCUUUUCUUGUUUCUUUAGAUUUGGGCGAAAACUCUUUUCAUGGCUCUAUUCCCACAUCUAUUUUCAACAUUUCAAGUUUAGAAGUUUUGAGUUUGAGGAAUAAUAGUUUGUCUAGUAGUCUACCUCUUGAUAUGUGCAAACACAAUCUGCAUAGACUCAAGAGACUUCGUGUAUCUCACAACGAGUUGUAUGGGGAAAUACCAUCGAGUUUGGGGCUGUGUUCAAAGCUUGAGUAUAUUUCUUUGUAUAACAACAGUAUCAGUGGACAUGUUCCGACACAUAUUGGAAACUUGACGUUUCUUCAACAACUAUUCUUGGGUGCCAAUAAUUUAAGUGGUAAUAUUUCAAAAGAGAUCGGCUUUCUUACAAACUUACAAGCUUUGGACAUGAGCUCCAAUGAAUUUUCAGGCCCUAUACCUGCGACUAUUUACAGCAUGACUUCCUUGGAGUAUUUUGACUUUGCAUCAAAUGAUUUGAGUGGAUCGUUAUCAAGAGAUAUUGGAAACAUGACAUCCCUUCGCAGAAUAGGCCUUGAAUUUAAUAAUCUCACUGGUGAAAUUCCAAAAGAGAUCGGGAAUCUUCCAAAUUUCGAGCGAUUAAGCAUGUGUUGCAACAGAAUUAGUGGUUCAGUGCCAAGAGAACUUGGGAACUUGACAAACAUGGUUGGUAUAUACCUUGCCAAUAAUGGUUUAAGUGGUCCAAUACCAAAAGAGUUGGGUCGUCUUGUAAAUUUAUGGGAGCUCCAUUUGAAUCAAAACUUUAAAAUCAGUGGACCAAUACCAAAGGAAAUGGGGAACAUGACAUCCCUCAAUUACUUAUUGCUUUACAGUAAUGAAUUAAAUGGUGAAAUUCCAAAAGAAAUAUUUCUUAUCGAUACUUUACUGGAAUUGAACAUCGGAAGCAAUCAACUUCGUGGAUCACUGCCGAGAGAAAUUGGUAACACAACCAUUCAAAAGUUGUGGAUUAACAACAAUAAUCUAAGCGGUCCAAUACCAUCCACCUUUGUGAAUCAAUCAAGGCUGGUUAAUUUCGUACUACAUUCUAACAACUUAAGUGGAGAGAUUCCACCAUCCAUUUGCAACUUGGGAACCCUCCAAACCCUCUUUCUAUCAUCUAAUAAUCUGGAAGGAGAAGUCCCAAAUUGUCUUGGAAACAUGAGCACAUCUCUGUUAACCCUUUAUUUGAAUGCAAAUAAACUAAGUGGUCUCAUCCCAUCAACAUUUACAAGGGGUUGCAGUCUUCAGUCAAUUAAUCUGAAUGGAAACAGAUUGAACGGAGCACUGCCCCAAACCUUAGUUAAUUGCCCAGGUCUGAGGGGCAUCGACAUUGGUGAUAAUGAAAUACGAGGUCCGUUUCCCUUCUGGAUGGAAACACUCCCUCAACUUCGCAUCCUCGUGUUGAGGUCAAAUAAGUUCAAUGGUACAAUGUUGGAGUCUGCACACACUGAGCAGCCGUUUCCCAAGUUGCAAGUCUUUGAUGUAUCAGAGAAUGCGUUCGUUGGUCCUCUACCUGAUAGAUAUUUCAAGAAAUUUCAAGGUAUGAUAGAAGCCAAUGAAAAGCAGACCGAUGAAGAAAAUUUCUUUCUAAGAUAUAUAGAGUUGAUGCUCACUUUGAAAGGUAUGGAUCAGUUAUUGCAGCGACUAUUGGAUACCUUUACAACUAUUGACUUAUCCUCCAACAAAUUCUCUGGGAGCAUUCCACCUUCUAUAGGGGAUCUUAAGUCUCUUAGAUACUUGAAUCUGUCUUACAAUACCCUCACAGGACAUAUACCGUCAUCUCUAGGACGUAUGAGUAUUCUUGAGUCGUUGGACUUGUCUUCUAACAAAUUGGAUGGAGAAAUUCCGGAUGAAUUGUCAAGGUUGACAUUUCUUGGAAAGUUAAACCUUUCCUUGAAUAAUCUCGAGGGACAAAUACCACAGUCUACUCAACUUUCCACGUUUGGGAAUGAAUCAUAUUUCGGAAAUGCAGGAUUGUGUGGAUUUCCAUUGACAAAACUAUGUGAUGAAAAAUCAAUGAUUCCUCCAGAAGAUGAUGAUGGUGAUGAUGAGUCUGGAUUUCUAGAUGAAUUUGUAGAUGGAUUUGGUUGGAGAAGUGUGGUGGUAGGGUAUGCAUAUGGAUUUGUAAUUGGAAUUGGAAGUGGUUACAUGAUUAUAAGAUAUGGAAGGCCAAGAUGGUUAGUCGAAUUCUUGUUCGGUGUUGGAUAUAAUCGAAGAGACGAAAUUGAGGAAGAACAACACCAACAAGAAGGUGAUUCUGGACGAAUAUUUUGGUUUACUUGAGCUUGAUUUAGAACUCUCGCAUGUUGGGAGCAAUUAAUAUGUAUGAAGGUUUUCUAUGUUUAAGUGGGAGCUUGAUUAAUUGCCAAAUUUUUUUAAAAAAUUUUGGCACGCUAAGACAAACCUUAUUGCAGUUUGCAUGCUUUUUUGGUGAA